AAAAAAGCAGUAGAAACGCUAAAAAAUUAGAAAAAGAUAAUACUCUAUAAUGAGUCGGAUUCCUCUAUAAAAGGGGCGUAGCCGAUAGACGCUCUCUUCCACUCCAUUUCCAGGUCACUUUCUCUUUUGUUUAUACUUUUUUCUCAUAGAGCAGCCAUUGAUUUGAAUCUUUAGUGGAGAGGUUUCAAUCGGUUUCUAAUUCUAUCCCUUCUUUUCUUUCAAAACGAACUCAGGGGUUGUCGGAUUUUCGGCUCCCUUCAAGAGUUAAAAAGGAUCUAGUUUGGGUCGGCCGUGUCCCAUCGACGGCGGAGGGGUCUGUCGGUGGUGGCUGCUUGGAAGCUUCGUAUUUUGUUCGAACAAGUUAAUUAAUUGCUGGGUUUUUUCGUGUUUCACCUAAUUUGAACCUAACAAAGUAGAACACAGUGGGUUGCCGUUUGCAGUUUGUGCUUCACCUAAACUGAAGGAUGUCUUAAAUUUUUUUACUCACCAGUGGUUUGUGGGGGCAAAAUGGUCAUUUGAUUUGCAGCUACGUUAAUGGGAACCCCACAAAUUAGACAAGUAGGUGUUGAAGUGGAUCGGCUAAAAGAUGCCACUGACAAAGGCCAAAGUUACGGAAUACUUGAUUAAUGAUUACUAUCCCUCUUUUCUUCGAUUACCUUUCUGUAGUUUUAAGUCAUUUUCAGUGUGAUCUAAACGCCUAAUCAAAGGCUUAUAAUUUGAUGAAAAUUGAAGGAUUUUAACAGCACUAUGAAAGUGUAGGACUUAAAGCAUCUUAACUGGAAAUUAACUGUCAAAGCAUUCGAAUUGAAUUUCCUAUAGAUGUUUUUCAGGCCAGAAGAAGAAAGAGCUGGUAAGUGGUAGGAAAUUUGCAUAUCAGAGAGAGAAGUGAAAAUUGAAGUAAAGUACAAACAGAAACUUUACUGAAAUAUCAGUGCUUACCAUUGUACAUCAUUUUGUAUUAUUAUAAAAAACCACCCCUUUACUGCUAUUGUGAUUUAAAUGCAUGAAUAUAAGUUGUGGGUCCCUAAAUUUGCUUUUUAUUAUCCAUUUGGUAGAGGGGUGCAAAAACUUUUUGGCCCUUUCUGUUAGAAAAUGUGAAUCAAGCUGUGGGGUGGGGCCUUAUCUCUUUGGUGCUUUUCACAUGUCUUUUGCAUAUAUACUUGGGAGUCUUUUAUGCUAGUGCUACCAUAAUCACAUUCAUUUUUCUGCUUUUAGACUUGUUGCCAUCCUCUCUUUCUGUUGUCUAGUUGCUAAGUAGUUGCUUGUUUAUUAGGUUUGUCUGGGAUUUCUGCUUGCUGAUCCUGUUUCAUUUUUUUGUUGUCUCAGAAGUUGAGUGUCCUAGUGGUUAAUCUGAGUUUUUAGAACAGAUCCAUGGCUUUUGAGCAAUAUUAUGCCCAGGAAUGGAAGACUGUCCCCGGUGCUUCAACAUCUGAGAAUUUAAACGGUAGCUUUGACUGCAAUAUCUGCUUAGACUUUGCACAUGAGCCAAUUGUCACUCUCUGCGGCCACCUCUACUGCUGGCCCUGCAUCUAUAAGUGGCUUCAUGUCCAGAGUGCCUCCCUCGCUUCAGAUGAGCACCCACAAUGUCCAGUUUGCAAAGCUGAUAUAUCCCACACCACCAUGGUGCCCCUUUAUGGUCGGGGCCAAUCUGAUUCCGAGCUUCAAGGCAAGGCACUUUAUAGGGGUAUGGUGAUACCCCCUAGGCCACCGGCUCGUGGUACCCAAGCUCUUUUAUCAACUACAUCCCCGAAUGGUCAGCAGCUUCCAUAUCGUAAUCCUUAUCAAAAUCAAAAUUACGACCCCCAUGCUCCUUACUAUGAAGAGGAUUCAUCCCCACCAUUGCUUAACCUCGGAGGCACCACAGUGACCGGGUUUCAUCAUCCCGUAAUCGGGAUGUUUGGAGAGAUGGUAUAUGCGAGAGUGUUUGGAAAUUCAGAAAGCUUAUACACUUAUCCAAACUCGUACCACCUAGCGGGAAGUAGUAGCCCAAGAUUGAGAAGGCUUGAGAUGCAGGCUGACAAGUCACUAAAUAGAAUUUCCAUUUUCCUCUUCUGGUGUUUCCUUUUGUGCCUUAUUCUAUUUUGAGUUUCUUAUUUACCUUUUUGUACACUGUAAAGAACCACGAUGUAAACUUAUGGUAUAGGUGGAUGAGAUCAUAUUAUAUGAUAUAUAAUCUUAGAUUUUAUCUGAAAUUGAUUUGCCAUUUUCGACUAAUAUGCACUGCAAUUUCAGGGAAAUCGUAAUUAUUUUAUGUUAAAAAGAGAGUUUUGUGAUUAGUUCAUCAAAAAAAAGGUCGACAUUUCAUUUGACAAAUAUUAAAAAAGACCCAAAGCUUCCCUCCCUUCCCUUCGCAUCAACUUCGCUAAGCACAUCAACGGCACAGGAAAAGCCAUCGACCACUCAUGAAGAAGGGUCACAGACUCACAGCUUACAAGCCACAUCGAAGUCUUGAAAAUCGGAUAACAAAUCCAAAUUGCAGCCAAAUCCCUCUCCCCACUUCGCCACCAUCUAAUACCUUUGGU